AUGGCCUCUAGAAGUUUAACCGAUGUAUUUCUGUUGAUGAGAAACAAUGCAAUGCGAAGCAGGCAUAUCUACCCUGACCAGGAAUCAUCUGAAAGAAUGCACCUAGUGUCCCUAAAUGACAUGGAAGAUGGCACUAAUCCUAGAAGUGAGAACCGCAUGCCCCCAGUAUGGAUAGACUAUUUAGAAAAAGCACAAAUGAUCCUGCCCAAACUCAAAGCCAAAAUAAGUGAUUUGAAAGGCUUACAUUCCAGGCACUUACACAGAUCCACAUUCGAUGAGUCUUCAGAAGAUGAAGUAGCUAUAGAAAACUGCACACAUGAAAUCACAAGAAUGUUCAAUGAAUGUCACAGGCUUGUACAAAUUAUAAAGAGCCAUGCUUCUGAAGGGGUUCCUAAAGAAAGAAAACUCACUGUGAAUGUUUACCAUGCCCUAGCUAGUGCAUUACAAGAAAUGUCCACUUACUUCAGGUCCACACAGAACAGCUAUUUGAGACAAAUACAGUCAAGAGAAGACAGAUCAAAGAUGUAUUUCAACAAUCAAAACCUUGAGUUUGAUGAACUGUAUAGUCAGGAAGCAGAUGAUAUUGAUUCUUACUUUGCAAAUUCCAAACAGAUGUCCCAUCAACAGCUUUUGAUGCUGGAAGAGGAGAAUACAAAGUAUGCCCAAGAUCAUGAACAAGAAGUGAAUGCCAUAGUGAAAUCAAUAAUGGAUUUGAAUGAUAUAUUCAAAGAUUUGAGUCAGAUGGUUGUGGAUCAAGGAACUGUAUUAGAUAGGAUAGAUUAUAAUAUUGAACAGACAUCAAUUCAAGUUCAUGAGGGGUUCAAACAGCUCCAGAAAGCUGAUGCUUAUCAGAGGAAAAAUAGAAAAAUGUGUGCUAUCAUUGUGCUUGCUGCUACUAUCAUUCUGUUGUUUUUUAUACUGAUCAUCAUCAAGUCCUAG